UGGAGGGCGGAAGCUGAUCCGGUCGGAGGAGAUGUGGCUGCAGUCCGUGCUCGUACCUCUGCUGCGGCUGUACCUGUGCGGGAUGAAGGUGCUGCUCUACCAGCUGCUGCACAGCUCCUUCACGCUGCCAGUCCUACCCAGGCAGAAUGGAAGGGUUGCCAUAGUGACGGGGGGGACCAGAGGAAUGGGUUAUGAGACAGCGAGACACCUGGCAGGCCUCGGCAUGCAUGUUGUCAUAGCUGGGAACGAGAGAGAGGAGGGAGGGGCCGCCGUCAGGAGGAUCCAAGAGGAGGACGUCGAGGGGAGAGUGGAGUUUGUCUUCUUAGACCUGACCUCCAUGAAAUCAGUGCAGCAGUUCGCUCAGACGUUCAAAGACCGAGGCCUCCCGCUCCAUGUCCUGGUUAACAACGCUGGAACCAUGAUGGUCCCUGAGAGCCAGACGGAGGACGGCUUUGAGUUCCACUUUGCGCUCAACUACCUGGGCCACUUCCUGCUGACCAACCUGCUGCUGGACUUGCUGAAGAGGUCUGGACGACCGGGCUGCUGCUCCAGGAUCAUCAACAUGUCCUCCGCCACUCACUACGCCGGAGUAGUGAACAUGGAGGACUUAAACAGGAGGGUCUGCUACAGCUCCCAUGGUGCCUACUCCCAGAGCAAACUGGCCCUGGUCCUCUUCACCAACUACCUGCAGGAGCAGCUGACGGCCGGCGGCUUCCCGGUGACCGUCGCCGCCGUGGACCCCGGCAUGGUGGACACGGCGCUCUACGACAACCUGUGGAGCCUCGCGCAGGCGCUGAAGAAACCCGUGGCCAAGAUCCUGUUCAGGACUCCAGCAGAGGGAGCGUCCAUAUCCAUCUACGCUGCAGCUGCCUCUGAGAUGGAAGGCGUGGGGGGGUGUUACCUCUACAACGGCCAGAAGACUCAGUCCUCCGACAGCUCCUACGACCCGGAGCUACAAGCCCAGCUGUGGAAGAAGAGCUGUGAGCUGGUGGGCGUCCGGGGAUAGUUCCACCUCCUCCAGGGUCCUCUGAGAGACGGUAUCUGGAGCUCACAGACACCACCCAACCACCACCCAACCACGGCCUGACCUCACACAGUGUCCCCACACUCAAACAUCUGGAACUCUCGGCCGUACACAUCUGCUGAGUAGAUUUUGAGGGCAAUAUGUUUUCUCCUGGAUUACCUUUGUUUUUGACGUAUCUCAAAUAUACUUCUAAUCGUAGUCUGAGUGGAUGGGUAGGUCAACACAGGACUUUCACCAUGGAGACUGGUGUUCGUGUCCUGUGUGGAACCUAAAGUCAACAUUCACCUGUUUGAGUUUACGCCUGUAAUUUAACAAAUGUACUUAUUUUAAUCCAAACUAUAAAGCUUUUACUAAACCUAAACAAGUAGUGUUAUAGCCUAAACAUGACCAAGUAGUUUUGUAGUUUUUAGUUUAGUUUCACUGACGGAGUCCUGUAAGGACACUUCUAAUGUUUAAAGAGACUAAACCAGACUUUGAUAUGUUGAUAUCCUGCCAAGCUUCCACGUAGAAUGUUAGAUAAACACAGACAGUCUGAGCACAUGAGAUUCCUGAAUGCCUUAGCGGUGCCUAUUUAAGCCUAUUUGUGAUUUAAUGUGAUUUUAAUGUGAUUUUAAUGUCUACAGAAUCAGUAUUCUGACUUCAUUUAAAUGUUGAGUCUACUGAAUCAAGUUAUAUUUAAUUCAUAUAUUUAAAUAUUGAAUGUACCAUAUCUUAUUGGUGAAAAAGAAUACUGCUUUGUCCUAGUUUCAGUUCCAGUUGGUCCCGUUAAGGGGAUUCUUAGUGUAUAGACGUCCCAUUUGUUUCCCAACAAAAUGCACUUUUUUUGCCUUAAUGUAAGUCUUACAUUUAUAUAUUGAAUCAGAAUUUAUAGUGUAAUAUCAUUUAACAUAUUGGAACUCAAAGAGUCUACACGUGCUAAUAGCUUUAGCUUUCCAAAGUAAGAAUAAGUCUAGCCAAAGUAUUUCUUUUAUUGUCAUUUAUUCCAUGAUGAGAACAAACCCAACAGUGAUCAAUCCACGUACAUAAAGACGAUGAAUGUAUAGAAAGUAAGCAGCUGAUCAUCAUGUACUUGUGUCUCUACUCUCCUGUGGACUGAACUCUACUCUGUUAAAGGUUCUGUAUACAUUUCAGUGUUUCAGCAUUAAUCAAAAUGAUUGUUUUGCACUCAAAUGGUUUUCUAUGAUCGCUGUGAAUGAUGUAUUAAUUUACAUUUAUUAUACCAACAGAUUAAGAAAGAUGUCACACCUAAUAACAAUAUGUUAAUAAACACUAAUUAACGCA